UUUCCACCUUUAUCCACCUUUGUCAUGGUAGGGAGAACACGUCAAUAUAAGGGUGGGGUCAUCCAAGAUAGCACAAGGGUUAAGGUGGAGAAGCUUCUUAAUUAACCAGGUGACAACAAUGUUAAGUCAUCCCAUGCGUAAUUCAAAUCUACUUCCUUGAUAUGUUCUCACCACUUUCACGUGAUAUUUCAUCAGCCUGGAGGAGGAAGUAUUUCUCUACUGCGCUUCUUCUUUGAUCUGAAAAAUGGCAACCAAAUGUUUUAUGCUUGCGUUGGUUUUGAUGUUUCUGAAAACCGUGCGGUCUGAAGAAAUUUCCACUCAGAAUGUGAGCUGUUGUCACAAGAAUGAUGAUAACGUCGAGUUCAAGCACGACUGCCAUAAUGCUAUAGAAAUGGAAAUCUAUGAUGUCAAUAAUAUAACGGUGGCCUAUGCUUCGUUCAGCAAGCCGCGCCCUUAUACAUCACCUCAAGGAACAAUAAUCGACCGUGAUUCAGUCACAACUGACAACUGCAAAAGACACCUCAUAAUUAAAUGCAUAACAAAGGAUGAGAAUGAAAAAAUCAAGGAACGAUACAUACACAUACAAUUCAUUGCAGGAUGUGGCAGUGAUGAGAAUACUGGUUUUGCAGUGAUUUUGGCUUCAAGCCUCAUUCCCUGCAUCAUAAUAGGCCUUCUGAUCUUCUUCUUAUGGCUCCGUUGGAAAAAAAAGGAAAAGAGUCAGCCUGAAAGAAGUGAAAACAACACAGAGGAAGAGGUGGCGCUGGAAGGUGUUAGCAGUGAGGAUGGGCCACCCCAGCAAAGGUCUCCAAAUGGAAACCAAGGAGAUGAUCCGGGAGGAACGCAUGGCUCUGAAAGAGCAGACUCUCUCAGGGAGGGGGUCAGGAAAUGGCCCGAUCCUGGUCAGGAGCCUGAAGAUGGACAAACUGAAGGACAGCCACUUCUGUCAGAUCCGCGAGCUGCUGGCGCUGAGAGAAUGGGUGAAGCUGACGACUCGGUGAACGGUCCAGGCUUUGACCCAUUCUCAGUCCUAGCCGGCAGGCGGCCUGAACCUAAAAGUGGCGUGGAGUCAAAAUACACUGAAGAAAACUAAAAGAAGAAGAACAAGAAUUAUAAUAAAAAUAAUAUAUA